AGUUUCAGGCUGAGGAAUCAGGAUUAGGAAAAUUGCAAGAUAAAUGCAUUCAGGAGAGAGCCAUUUCUAAUUUUCCUCUCGUUAGAAAUCAAGCACGAAGGCAAAAAUAGGGGCAUUGGGAAAGGAGAGGAGGAAGGCUUGAUCACGACAUUGCCUUUGCUCCCAAGGGAUAGUCCCCUGGAAUUCCCAAAACACAAUCGUAGGUGCUUUUCCCAACCCUCAUCCGCUUCUCAUAAGGGAACUUGUGGUUUCAGAAGGAAGGCAAUCCCUUUAAGUGGAUUGCAAAUGGAAUUCAUCCAAGAAGCAGACUGCUGCUGCUGCUGUUGCUGCUGCUGCUGCUGCUACUGCUGCUGCUGCUGCUGUGACUGCUGUGACUGCUGGAACUAGUCACUUUCCUUUCCCAAAGCCUGCUUCUCCCUAAGCCUAUCAGCAACAUGCCCCUUUAGAGCUCCUUAUCUUCUGGGUUUCUUCCACAUUCUCUGCCCCUCGAUUGAUUUUCCUUGAAUAGAGCCAGCUGGAGGGCUCCUGUCAGUAGGGGCUGAUUCUGUAGGUUCCUUUUCCCCAACACCCUUCUGCAGUAAGUUGCUGCUGGUUGAGAGGGUUUGGAGGGAAAUCCCAAAUAAAAGGCACUGACUGACUGAACACUAUUAGUCCUAUUAAUAAUGGUCACAACUCGGGUAUCUUGAGAGGAACUGAGAUUGUGAAGAGCAGUGCAGGAUUUCUGAGGCUGUCCUCUCUUGAAUUCUCAUUGGAUCCUCCCUGGUUCCCUAAAUCAUUCCUGCUGCUAUAUCUAUCAGGAUGACUACAGCCUCUCUCACUAGUUCUCUCUUUAUCUCCUUGUCUUCCCCACAUCCUUUUACUUCUCCGGGCAGAUUUAUCUGUAUUCCUCCCCCUGUUGACUGGGUUUUCACAGCCUCUUUCUUUCCCCCCCUUGUGGGAUUCCACAACCUGUAAUUAUUCACUUUUUUCUGCCUGAGGAUCUUCACAAAUCCACUUUUCCUCUCCUCUUCACAUUUUUGUUUCCUUUUGUUUGGGAUUUGGUGACUCUCUGUAUAUCUGGCUUAUUCCUGGUUCCAAGCCACAAAGAACUGCUGAUUAUUUCUAAGUCCCACCACCAUGCAGAUCACUGCUUUAGCUUGAUCUGCAACAUCAUGGAAUGUCUAUUUGAUUUCUGGAUACAUUAUUCUCACAGUCAUCUUGCUUCCUGAAAUUUCCUCUGGUGUUGAGGGAAAGCUAAGAGAAUGAAGGCUCUAAGUACCCUGUGGAAGCAUGAUAUGGCGGUGCAGUGCUGGUGCUGAAUUGCUCUCUCUGAUGGCUCUAUGGGAGUGGAUAGCACUGAGUCUUCAUUGCUGGGUUUUAGCAGUUGCUGCUGUUUCGGAUCAGCAUGCCACAAGCCCCUUCGACUGGCUCCUCUCUGAUAAGGGACCCUUCCAUCGCUCACAGGAAUACACAGAUUUUGUGGACAGAAGCCGGCAGGGAUUUAGCACAAGAUACAAGAUUUACAGGGAGUUUGGCCGCUGGAAAGUAAAUAAUCUUGCUGUGGAGAGAAGAAAUUUCCUUGGCUCCCCACUGCCUCUUGCCCCUGAAUUCUUCCGCAAUAUAAGGCUAUUGGGACGUCGACCCACCCUUCAGCAAAUCACGGAAAAUCUCAUCAAGAAAUAUGGGACCCACUUCUUGCUAUCAGCCACCUUGGGAGGAGAGGAGUCACUCACAAUUUUUGUGGACAAGCGGAAGUUGAGCAAAAGAUCAGAAGGAAGUGAGGCAACAACAAAUAGUUCCUCAGUUACUCUUGAGACCCUUCAUCAACUUGCUGCUUCCUACUUUAUUGAUAGGGACAGCACACUACGGAGACUUCACCACAUUCAAAUUGCAUCCACUGCCAUAAAGGUAACAGAAACACGAACUGGUCCUCUUGGCUGCAGUAACUAUGACAACCUAGAUUCAGUCAGUUCUGUUCUGGUUCAAAGUCCUGAGAAUAAGAUUCAGUUACAAGGGCUUCAGGUUAUCCUUCCAGACUACCUACAAGAACGCUUUGUACAGGCAGCUCUAAGUUAUAUUGCCUGCAAUUCAGAAGGAGAGUUUAUCUGUAAAGACAAUGAUUGUUGGUGUCAAUGUGGCCUCAAAUUUCCAGAAUGCAACUGUCCUUACAUGGAUAUUCAAGCCAUGGAAGAAAAUCUGCUUCGAAUAAGUGAGACCUGGAAUGCUUACAACAAUGAUUUUGAGGAAUCAGAUGAAUUCAAGCUCUUUAUGAAAAGACUUCCCAUGAAUUAUUUCCUCAACACAUCUACCAUAAUGCAUUUGUGGACAAUGGAUUCUAAUUUUCAGCGUCGUUAUGAACAAUUGGAGAACAGCAUGAAACAACUUUUCCUAAAGGCAGAGAAAAUUGUACACAAGCUUUUUAGCCUUAGUAAGAGGUGUCAUAAACAACCACUCAUCAGCCUGCCAAGACAAAGAUCUUCGACCUACUGGUUAACCCGAAUCCAGUCAUUUCUGUACUGCAAUGAAAAUGGCCUUCUUGGAAGCUUUUCUGAAGAAACCCACUCUUGUACUUGCCCGAAUGACCAGGUGGCCUGCCACGGGUUCCUCCCCUGCACUGUGGGAGACGGUUCUUCCUGCUUGACCUGUGCUCCCGAUAAUCGUACCCGCUGUGGAAACUGUAAUACCGGAUAUAUGCUGAGUCAAGGGCUUUGUAAACCGGAAGUGGCAGAAUCCACAGAGCACUAUAUCGGUUUUGAGACUGACCUGCAGGACCUGGAAAUGAAAUAUCUUUUGCAGAAGACUGACCGGAGAAUCGAAGUCCAUGCCAUUUUCAUCAGCAACGACAUGCGCCUUAAUAGCUGGUUUGAUCCUUCCUGGCGCAAACGAAUGCUCCUUACCCUGAAGAGCAACAAAUACAAAGCAAGCCUUGUCCACAUGAUCUUGGGGCUCUCUCUGCAGAUCUGCUUAACUAAAAAUAGCACCUUGGAGCCAGUUUUGGCUGUUUAUGUCAAUCCUUUUGGAGGCAGCCACUCUGAGAGUUGGUUUAUGCCCGUGAACGAAAAUAGCUUCCCAGACUGGGAGCGGACUAAGUUGGACUUACCACUUCAGUGUUAUAACUGGACGCUGACUCUGGGCAACAAGUGGAAGACUUUUUUUGAAACAGUGCAUAUCUACUUGAGGAGUCGCAUCAAGUCAAACGGUCCAAAUGGCAACGAAAGCAUCUAUUAUGAACCCCUGGAGUUUAUUGACCCUUCCCGCAAUCUGGGUUACAUGAAAAUCAACAACAUUCAAGUAUUUGGCUACAGCAUGCACUUUGACCCUGAAGCAAUUCGGGAUUUGAUCUUGCAGCUGGACUACCCCUAUACUCAGGGAUCCCAGGACUCAGCACUUUUGCAGCUGCUUGAGAUAAGGGACCGUGUAAAUAAACUCUCCCCACCUGGUCAGCGUCGGCUUGACCUUUUCUCUUGCUUGCUUCGUCAUAGACUCAAGUUGUCGACUAGUGAGGUGGUGAGAAUUCAAUCUGCUUUGCAGGCCUUUAACUCCAAAUUGCCAAACACAAUGGAUUACGACACAACCAAAUUAUGUAGUUAACCAUAAAUGUCAAGCACAACCCAAAACCUUGAAGGAGUUUUUACAGUGCUUUUGUGGAACAGUUUAUGUUUGGAAGAGUAAAUUUAAAUUGUCUUUUCAAUAUCUGUCUUAUAUCAGUCAAUACCGUUGGAUGGCAAUUUACACAUGAACUUGCUGACAAUGAAUAUAUUAUACCUGCAGUUUUGGUUUAUGAAUGAAAUAAAUACUGACACCAGUCUAGAAGACAUUCUACUUUUUACAAUAAAUUUCAUUUGUAAUUUUAUAUGUUCCGUGGCAAUGCUUUUGUGCAUUACAUCCUCUAGAGGGAACAUAAAAGGAUACCAAUAAAAUUUUGUAGCUGAACAGUUAUUAAAAA